CUCUAAAUAUAACUCUCCUCCAAAACAGAGGGAGAGAAAGGGGAGAAAGGGAUUCUUACUGAAUUUAAAGCAAUCUGAAAACUUGUCAGGAAAGGACUUUCCCGGAUACACUGUGUCUAUUAGCGUUUUGAUUCAUUUUGUAGCCCCGGGUGGCUACUGGUGAAGCGCACAGCGGGAGGCGCAUUGUUUGUAUGCAAACUGGACGACAUGGCCAUUGUAUGCAUUUGGGCAUAUAUGGAGCCACUGCUGGCCCGGAGGACACAGCCCGUCUGAAGUCUCAAGGAGAGUCAUUUUCGGUUGUUUUCCGUCAGUUUCUCUCCGUUGACUUUUUUUUCCCCCUCCUUCGUUGCUGAUUUACUCCAUCGAUAUGAGUUGUCUGGAUGUGAUGUAUCAUCAAAGCUAUGGAGCGCACUACCUCCCUGCAGCGGCGUACAAAGCGACAUACCAUAACCACCAUCAGCAGCAACAGAGGAAGCUGAGUGUAUACAGUAAGAUGCAAGAGUGUAUGGAGCAGCAGCAACAAGUUGAAGGAAGAGGGAUGCUACCCAGGGAUCAGGGCCUCCAGCGACUUCCUGUAGCAGCAGGUGCUGAAUCAGGCCGUAGCUCCUCAUCGGAUUCAGACAUGAAAGAUGGUCUUCAGCCUGCAGAAGCCGAAUACUUGAGCUCCCGAUGUGUACUGUUCACCUACUUUCAAGGUGACAUUGGGGAUGUGGUGGAUGAGCACUUCUCUCGUGCUCUCAGUCAGUCCAGCAACUUCAACAGCGAGACCAAACCCAUCAGAGUGACUCAACCAUCUGCCUCAGCCACUGCUAAUUUAUGGAAAGAUGGUAGUUCCCUCCAGGAGAGUCAGAGUAGCUCAGUUUGGAACAGCGCUUUGCCAUCACAAGCCAACUCCUGCCUCCACUCUGUCUCUGUGUCAGUCCACCCAGACUUUUCCUCCAGCCCAGUUCCCUUUAACCAUCCAGAUGGAGCAUUGUGGGCUGGCCACAUGCUCUCCCAGGCUAGCCUCCCGUCUGCAGCUACCCUCUCUGACAGCUGGACCUACAGUCUGAGCCCCCAGAGCACAAGCAGCUACCCCAAUGUUCACGAUGUCUACCAUCCUCACCCUCGCACCCGCUCUCACAUCCACACCAGACACCAUCACGCCAUGCUUCACACAUACCCAGCUCACGGCCCAGCACUGGAUCCCAGAUUCAACACGUUGUUCCUGCCUGGUGUUAGGAGCCAAAGCCAGCCCACCGCCAGCACAAGUAGCUCCCCACACAGUGAGGGGGGGAAGACAGAGAUGGAUCCCAGCAACAACAGUCCUAUUACGGCAACCUCUGUCGCCUGGUCCCCCUCUGCCCUUCAUGGAUCUUUGGAGGUGUAUGAUUCAGCUCUUGAUCAGACCAAAGCAAAGACAUCAGUUUGGUUCUAACUGAUGGACUCAUGAUAUCAGCUCACACCAAAAAAAAAAAAAAAAGACCUACUAUGUAGCUUUAACAUAACAAUGUAUGGCUGCAACACCAGCA